UUGUGGGUUACUCUCGAUGGCUUUCAUGUCUGUCAGUAAUGCAGAAGCAAUGUCUGCAGCUGGAAUUGGGACUAGACAAUGGGCGUGACUUUCUGGAAGCCACUUUCUAUGCCUGUGAUUCAAGUCUCUCUAGACUCUGUAGCUCGCAUGACGUUACGUAUAAUACAUCUACGUAUGGUUGGUGCCAUGUGGCGUGCAGUAGGACAGCGGUCUUUCUCGAAGAGAAUUCUAUGGACAGUCAACCGGUCGCUAGCGUAUUACAAGGAUAUCAGUUCACCAAAGACUCUUAGUGCUGAUGUGUGUAUUAUUGGCUCUGGUCCUAUUGGAUCUGCCUUUGCUCGUGAGCUGUCAGACCUCAGCAAGAAGAAACAGAAAGAUCUGAAAAUUAUUAUGAUCGACGCUGGCGCUCAACUGUCUCCUCGACCUGGAGAACAUCUCAAAAAUGCGUUUGUUUAUCAACGGGAUUACAAUUCGUUUACCGGAUUGAUUGCAUCCCAUCUUAUUGAUCUGUCUGUUCCCACUGACAACAGUCCUGUUGUUACUCUCGAUCCUAGUGCAUUCUCUGUCGAUUUGACGAAACAUAAAUAUAAAGGCUUUGUUCGAAACAACCAGAAUCCAAUGCAAAAUCCAUUCAAGAACGUAGAUGGUGCAGCAGCAGCAUACAAUGUCGGAGGAAUGGCUGUUCAUUGGACAUGCGCAAUUCCUCGGCAAAACAACGAGUUGGAACAAUCAAACCUCAUUUCUCUAAAUCAAUGGAAAAAACUUUAUGACAGGGCAGAAGAGUUUUUUAAGCUCGACAAGACAGGCCACGUCUUCAGUGACUCGAUUCGCAAUGCUGUGGUCAUGAAGGAGAUUAGGCAACGAUUUCACGAUAGAGGCGUCCGAGAGCUUCCACUUGCUGUUCAACUCAACGCCGACGACCACACACAAGUGAUUUGGUCUGGUAGUGAUACGGUACUUGGAGACGAACUGAUCAAUGACCCCACGAAUAACUUUCAGAUUUUGCCUCAGCAUUUGUGUGUUGAGCUUGUUGGUGGAGGCACUAACAACUCAACAAUAACGUCUGCUCGCUGUCGCGACCUGACGAAGUCACCAGACACCACAGACGGGUAUGUCAACGUAGAAGCCAAACACUUUAUUGUGGCAGCAGGAGCUGUUCUCACACCACAGCUGCUUUGGAAAUCCAAUAUCCGCCCUAUGGCGCUGGGAAAGCAUCUCUGUGAACAACCGAAGACGUUCUGUCAGAUCGUACUCAAAGAAAGGUUUAUUAAGCAGCUGAGAAAGCACAAGUUUCCAGGUCUAACCGACGAAAUGAAUAAGAAGAUCUCUGAACACGAAUAUGAUCAUCCGCAUGACCCUAUUCCCAUUCCCUUCACUGACAAAGCUCCACAGGUCAAUAUUCCUGUCACCAAAGAUUACCCGUGGCAUUGUCAGAUCCACAGGGACGCGUUCAAGUACGGAGCCGUGCCAGAGAACGUCGACGAUCGCAUCAUUGUCGAUCUGCGUUGGUUUGGUCUCAUCGAGCCUCGUCCCGAGAACCUCGUCAAAUUCGAACCGGACAAGUUCGAUAUGCACGGCAUGCCACAGCCGACUUUCGAGUUUGAGUUGACGCCAGAUGAUGCGAGGAACGCUCACAAGAUGAUGUCGGACAUGGUGGACGCCGCUGUUGUGUUGGGUGGCUUUCUUCCAGGGUCAGAGCCACGCUUUAUGAACAUCGGAAGCAGCCUACACAUCACAGGUACGGUUAGAAUGGGAAAAGACGAAGACACGAGAGGCGAGCAUUCUGUUGUAAACACGUACGGACAAGUGAGAGAGAUGAAGAAUCUGUGGCUCGGUGGCAACGGCGUCAUCGACAAGGGAACCGCUUGCAAUCCGACCCUUUCGUCUGUUGCACUGGCCAUACGCUCAAGCCGCAGAAUAGCGAAAGAGAUGAAGAUACACGAAGAAGAAGAAGACAAUUAAAUUGCCUCAAAAUUAGUCCAGAACUAGUUUGCUUCUUUACACAAACAGGGCACGCAGAGGUACUGAAGACUAUUUGGCUUUCAGCUGGCAUAUUUUAACUAUCUGAGGUUUUCACAUGCAGUCGAUUCAGGCGCUUUCUUGCACUUUGUUGUUCUAUCAGGUUUAUUCUGGGGUAAGAUGCAAGCAUUUUAAUGCACUCGAGUAGAGUAAACUCAAA